CGGUUCACUGCACUGGUGCUCCCUGUGCUGCACCUUCUAUGGAGCAUGCCACCAACAAAUCAUGGCAGGCUGAUGGUCAAUUGACCAGGCAAGGCUAGACCAAACCCAAGCCGAACUGCACUGACGUACAAGUCUCUUGGAAAUUGGAAGCUGGUCCGCCAGCACCGUACGGCAACCAGCGAUGCCUUGCUGGCAAGUUACCCCCUGACCCGUCGUGCUAUGGCAACAGCUCAAGGCGCGGGGCUUCUCCCAUGCAUGCGAACGAACACAGCGGGUGCUGUGGCUCCAACACUCCAUCACGCUUUCUUGCUCAGGCGUUUGAUCGUGCCGCGGUUUGCAGCUAAGCUGACCUAGGAUGCGAAUACAGCUGAGCUGACAUGAAAUGCACGUGCUCGCAGUCAUUGAGAGAGGGGAAGAAAGAGGCCGUGUCGACCUGGACUGCACGCUUUCCUGCAAUGGGCUGCUCGCGUUUCCCCUCGACGUUUGCCAUCAUCACGCGGCCAUGACUCUGCAUGAUCCAGUGAAAGCGAGCUCGUCGCGUCAGACGCACACCCGCGGCAGAGACGGCACUCCUCGUUCACAUGGCGCUCGUUGGCAAGUUGUCUGACGUGGCAAGUCUUUAUCUCCUCGUGGUGGAGCAGCGGCGCCCGCCGAACCUCGCCGUCGUCGACGCGACAAUGCGCUGGGCCCUCCGUCGUCGCCAAUAGGCCAAGACGGCCACGCGGGUCAAGGGCAUCCGCGCUGAGCCAUGGCAGCUGCUCCAAUUAUUGAGGCGCCUAGAAGAUAGACUCCUCAGGCGAGUCAAGGGCGCCCGCGUUGACCCAUGGCAGCUGCUCCUCCCCGCGUGUCAGUACGCGCGAUUCUCUCCCAAGCACGCGUUGGCGUGAGCCGAGCCGCACAGAAGCUACGAUUUUCUUGUUCUUGAUGCCACCGGGCGUCGGCGCUGAAUCUUGGACUUCGACCCCUUUCGAGGAAGGAUCUCCUGGUCAAUUCUUGGCGAGCAGGCGCAAGAAACGGGGAGACGGGCUUUCCGAACCCACCCACCACCCCCCUGUGCAAAGAAACUAUAUAGUAUUACGAGGCGGUCCAAGAUUCCUCAUUGCUAUCAUCGGGUCGUCUUACCAAGAAACGUGACCUCCAAGUCUUGUGCUCUACCAAGUCGCCGCUAGGAGUGCAACCAAACCAUAUCGUAGCAGUACUAGUGCCGCACCACCAGCCUCCCUGCGCACCGGUCUUCAGCACCACCACUUCAAUCGCUGUGACUGCGAAGAACGCUCGCCUCCUGACGUCCUCGGCUCGUCUGGACUGACUGACUGCCUGUCUGCCUGCCUGCCUGCCUGCCUGCCUGCCUGCCUGCCUGCCUGCCUGCCUGCCUGCCCGUCUGCCUGCCUGCCUGCCUGCCUGCCCGCCCGCCUGCCUGCCUGCCUGCCUGCCUGCCUGCCUGCCCGUCUGCCUGCCUGCCCGCCCGCCCGCCUGCCUGCCUGCCCGCCUGCCCGCCCGCCUGCCUGCCUGCUUGCCUGCCUGCCCGCCUGCCUGCCUGCCCGCCUGCCUGCCUGCCCCGCCUGCCUGUGGUCCUACCCUCCCUCAAGAGCUGGAGUCAUGGGAUACCGACGUGGCUUGUCCUCCCCUCUGCUGCCAUCUCUGCGGCUGCUGCUGCUCCUCGCUGCAGCGUGGCUGGUCCUUCUCCUGCUGCUCGUGCCGUCCCCUGCUGUCGCCACUCCCAUCAACAGCGCCCAAGCGCUGGUGCCAAUGUUGUGCGCUGCAGCACGGUGCUGAGCACUGUCCAGAGGCCAUAGCCCCUCCCCUUCCUCCUCCCCCCUUUCCUCGCCCCGUUUACCUCUUGUUACGUGCAGCGCUGGUUUAGAUAGAGUGCGCAGCAGCAUGGGCCCGCAAGUUCAGAAGCCAAAACUUCUCCCCUCCCCUCCGCCCUCCGCUCCCCUCCCAUUUCCUCCCCUCCCCUCCUCUCGCCUUCCCUCCCCCUCUCCCCUCCCCUCCCUUCCCCUUGCAGCGGCGGUGCUGGUGGAGUGCGCAGCAGCAUGGGGCCGCACGUUCAGCGGGUGGAACGUGGGGGGCGACUGUGCCAAUGCGCAGUUUAUCUCCUGCGACGGCACGGGGCUCAUCACCGCUAUGUCGUUGGACGCGAAACAGCUAGUCGGCUCCAUCCCAACAGCCCUUGGCACUCUCACCUCUCUCACCACUCUUAACCUGUCCUCCAACUCCCUAGAGAACCCCAUCCCUGACUCCUUCAGCAACCUUGUCUCCCUUGCCUCUCUCAAUCUGUCCAGAAACGAGCUCAGUGGAGCCAUUCCCCCGACCAUCGGCGCCCUCACCUCCCUCCAGCAACUCCUUUUGUCCCAGAACAAGCUCACAGGAAACAUUCCAACGGAGAUGGGCAAAUUGCUGCGGCUUCAGUCCCUCUAUCUGGACUACAACCAACUUAGCGGGGUCAUACCGAGCACCUUCGGGCAGCUGAAGCAGCUCACCUGGCUCUCCCUCGCCUACAACAGCCUCACUGCUAUUCUUGACGACCUCACCCCACUGGGCAAUCUCGUUGGACUGGAUGUGUCCCAUAACAUUAUCACAGGCACCAUCCCUUCCGCCAUCUCCGCCCUCACCCGCCUUACUGCUCUCAUGCUCGACUACAACCAAUUGGAUUCGCCCAUUCCCCAAGGCUUUAGUGCACUGACUGCCUUGAAGCUCAUAGAUUUGAAGAGUAAUAACUUUGCUGAGGCCCUUCCACCUGUCUUCUUCACAAAGAUGAAGAGUGUGCAGUACAUGAGCCUGGGAGAAAACGACUUCACUGGAAGCAUCCCUACAUCCAUGACCUCUCUUACUUCGCUCACACAUCUUGACCUCGGUUCCACGAAGCUGGCAGGCCCUAUCCCAACCGUCAUCACGAAAAUGGGACACUUAUCCUACCUUGACGUUGCUAUUGACACACUCUAUGGCUCUAUUCCUGCUACCAUGGGCUCCAUGCUCAAUCUGCAGUUCCUGCUCGUGAACCCUUCUGCGACGCCGUGUGGUACUGCUGGGCGGUGCGAGGUGGUGCAGUACUCGGGCACAGCCUUCUGCCGCGACUGCUCCAACUUCUGCGACACGUGCAUCAAGGUGAAACCCGCCCCUGGGAAGUGCAAGAAGCAGCGCCGUCCCUGCCCUAAAAACCCCUGCCGUGGCCGCCUCUGCAUUCCGUACGUUUUCAGCUGCAAGGGCUACAAGUGCCUCUGACUCCCUUGCAAGGGGCCAGCUAGAGUGGCAAGGGUCACUGGUGCACAAGGAUGAUAACUGUACAUGAUUCCAUAAUAAGGUGUCACAUAGUUGGGACAAGGGAGUGUUCCCAUGUUGGGCCGAGAUGGUUGCGGGAACCAGGACAUUGGGACGGAAGUUGAAGAGGGGGGGGGGAAGGGGAGAGGGGUUUUGUUGGCGCCAGGUGGCAGGGCCUUUUGUGUACAGCGCUUUGUUUUGGUGGGCUGUGGUGGGCAUCUAGUAAAGCUGCGUAGCGACCUGUAGAAGACAGCUGUCAGUUAGGGUUUGCUUGUUGGAUGCGUGCAUGCUUGGUAUGUUGUACAUAGGCAUGCCUGUUGUGCAGGUUGGCUUCAGGAGGGAAGGGAUGAGCUGCUAGCAAGAUCUCUUGUAUAUAGGGUUUAGGGAUCUUGUAUAUAUGAGCUGCUAGCAGCAAGCUGACUCUGCUUGAUUGUUUGUUUCCUCUUGGAAUGGAUUUAGAAUAUUGCUUCAAC